GACAGCCGACAUCAACAAAACUGACGACUCAUUCGCAUUUCAAGCAGGGGUUCAAUCCGGGCAAUCUAGAAACGAUGGACAAGGACAUUCCGCUGUACGACUUGGCCACCCAGGACUACCACGUCCUGGAGGAAAUGAUCUCGAAGAACCCUUCUCUCAUCACAAAGAAGGACUCGAACGACCGCUUCCUGAUCCACUGGGGCGCCCUCCGCGGCCGGGAACUCCUGGUGGAGGAACUGCUGAAGAAGGCGCCCGAACAGUUGGAAGCAACGGAUGAUACCAACGCCACUCCGCUGGUUCUGGCCACCCUGGGAGGUCAUCUCGGCACGGUUCGUCUGCUGUUGGCGAAGGGGGCUUCGAUUGACCACCGGAACUGGCAGGGCCACUCGUCGCUGCAGUACGCCUGCUCCAAGGGCCAUACCGAGGUGGCCAAGUUUCUGGUGGAGCAAGGCGCCAACGUGAACGUCGUGGACGGACGGAACGAUACGCCGUUGCACCGGGUGGCGUCGCAAGGGCGGCAGGAAAUUUUGAAGUUUCUGCUGGAGCACGGAGCUUGGGCGGACAUGCAGAACGCCGAGGGGAACACGGCGUUGCAUUUGGCCUGUGAAGACGAGCAGAACUCGUGUGCGUUGUUGCUGGUGGAGCAUGGGGCUUCGGGGGUGGUUCAGAACAAGGAGGAGAAAACGCCGCUGGAUUUGGCCAAGCCCGGGCUGAGGCGGAAUUUGAAGACGAAGCUGGGCAUUGGUGAUGAGUGAGGGGGAAUAAAAUGGAGGGAUGACAAAACAACAAACUGAUUUUAGUACGAUUUGAAUCACUUUCUUUAUUCGUCUCACAACAGGGUAAUCUCACAAUCGGAAACACGACUUAAUAGUUUAGAUUUAGUUUAGUUUUAGCGAAGGAAAAUCGGCUAUCCUCUUUGUUAAAUUAGUUUAAAACUUGGUUUCAUAAUGGGAACAUUUGUUAUUAUGCGCGCGCGAAAUAUGUUUAUCAGCUAGCUCUCUCACUUAUCCUAUCAAAACUCACUAUUAGCAAAAAA